ACCAGGCUGAGAUCUCACAGGUGCGUAUGCCCGGGCUGUAAGGAACACAGCGACCGGUCCUUAUACCUGGCAGGCAGAGGAGGACAGGUGAGCGGCUGUCUGUGUGAACAGGUGUGAGCGUGAACAGGUGUGUGGAGAGGGUGGCCACCGCUUUCACUGCACACCGAAUCCGGAGAGAUUUCUGAGUGCUACGUCGAUCACAGCUGUGCGGAAGUCACGUAAUGUAAUACAUGUGUUGAGGAGUUCCCGACGACGACUCGGAGACGGCUUGAAGGUAAGGGCUUUCGCCAAAGGUUUAUUAAGUGUAUUACAAUAGCACAAAGGGUGGGACAACUUCCCAGGGGUUAGGGGUCCUACACUAAGUCCUGGUCCAGCCCGGCUAGCUCCGGUCUCUCUCCCUCGAGUCGGAUGGGGGCACUAGCCAACCCCACCGACCGGGAAGAGCAGCACCUCCUACGGCUACCAGCGGCUUCACUCCUGACUCUCGUCGAUCCCUCUCUACCCCUGGUUCCCUCUCCACCCUUCUCACUCUACCCGUUCCUGCAGUGACCCCGCUUUCGUCACGGGGUCCCCCUUAAAUACUAGACGAGACAUGACGUCAUCGAGCCCCCCAGCGUGCAUGAUGCCACGUUCCGUGACGUCAUCGCACUGGACGGCACACAUGACGUCACGUCCCCAUUUUACUCCUCUACACAUACAAACGUACACGACACCGGCAGCGUAAGUGCAAUAAAACGGUGAAAGAGACAAAAUGGAAUGUUUGAGAGAUGCCACACGCGAGACGCUCGGACGGCAACCACCUGCUUUGUGAUUCCCACAGCCUUCGGCAAAUCCCUCACGGUCAACGUUGGCGUUCCCUUCGCGACGUCAUCACCACGGCAAGUGAACUACCGAAGGAUGCAAGCAACAGGAAGUACCUCCUCCGACUAAACAAAGCGCGCGGAGCGGUCUCGAUCGUCCUGCACUACUCGUCCGGCGCGAGCGACAUCGUCGGGGCCUGCUUCCACGCACAGCUGUUGAGCCUCGCUCUGCCGCGUGGGGCCACCGUGGAGGUGGCCGCGGAGCACCGGGACGGCUUCCUGCAGCUGCAGAGAGAAAUAACCGCCGGCGACCCCUGCGUGUCGGCGUCUCAAGAUUUCGCGACGCGCCUCUUCCCGGAGGUGCUCGCCGGGCUGCGGAGCGCCGGCUGGGCCAUCUCGGCAAGCCUCCUGCAGGCCGACGAGUGGCGGGCACAGUGGCACCAGUGCCACCAGAAGGCGCAGUGACGACGUCAAGAAGGGGGAUUCGCGCGACAUGAGAAAAAACGAUUCAAUUUGGGGCAUCUGUUCCCGUGGGGAGAAAUGUGGGGGGCUAUGGG